CGCGAAGGAGCGAGUCGUUCAAAGUAGGCGAGUGUGGAGGCGCUUUGGGCGCGCGUCUCGUUUGAGGCGGUUCUUCUUGACAUUCGCCGGUCCGAAGCGCUUCUUUUUCCUCCGGGAGCCGGCGGCUCUUUUUCUCCUCUCCAUCUCUCGCGGGCGCUUCGGCCAGCCGGUGGAGCUCGCAAGUGCGGGGACCCCCCUCCCGCAGCCGUUAAAGACGCAACGGGACUCGAGCGGCCGCCUCCCUUCCCUUCCCUUCCUCCGCUCCGCCCGCGUCGGGGUCUUGCCUGCAGCGGCCUCAACAUGAGUUCAGCGGGUGGUGGGGGCAAGAAGGACGAGAAGGGCAAAAACAUCCAAGUGGUGGUCAGAUGCAGGCCCUUCAAUGCAGCUGAGCGCAAAUCUAACUCCUAUUCUGUGGUGGAGUGUGAAAAUGGAAAGAAAGAAAUUUCAGUUCGCACUGGAGGGGUGAUGGAUAAAACAACAAAGAAAACAUACACAUUUGAUUUGGUUUUUGGAGCUCAGGCUAAACAAAUUGAUGUGUACCGGAGUGUUGUGUGCCCGAUUUUGAAUGAAGUUCUUUUGGGUUACAACUGUACAGUGUUUGCCUAUGGUCAAACAGGAACAGGAAAGACCUUCACUAUGGAAGGGGAGAGAUCACCUAAUGAAGAAUACACAUGGGAAGAGGAUCCAUUAGCUGGUAUAAUUCCCCGUACACUGCAUCAAAUAUUUGAAAAGCUUGCUGAAAGUGGUACAGAAUUUUCUGUGAAAGUAUCUCUGUUGGAAAUCUACAACGAGGAGCUCUUUGAUCUAUUGAAUCCCUCUCCAGAUGUUGGGGAAAAGCUGCAAAUGUUUGAUGACCCACGUAACAAGAGAGGUGUCAUAAUCAAGGGUUUGGAAGAGAUAACGGUACAUAACAAGGAUGAAGUUUAUCAGAUUUUAGAAAGGGGAGCAGCAAAAAGAACCACUGCAGCUACUUUAAUGAACCAGUAUUCCAGUCGCUCCCAUUCGGUGUUCUCUGUCACGCUACACAUGAAAGAAACGACAACAGAUGGUGAAGAGCUUGUUAAAAUUGGGAAGCUAAACUUGGUUGAUUUGGCAGGAAGUGAGAAUAUUGGUCGUUCUGGAGCAGUUGACAAAAGAGCUCGUGAAGCCGGAACUAUCAACCAGUCCCUAUUGACUCUGGGAAGAGUCAUUACCGCACUUGUUGAAAGAACCCCUCACGUUCCAUACAGAGAAUCUAAGCUCACUAGAAUCCUGCAGGACUCCCUUGGAGGGCGCACAAAAACUUCCAUAAUUGCUACCGUCUCUCCAGCAUCAAGCAAUCUGGAGGAAACUCUGAGUACUCUUGAAUAUGCCCACAGGGCUAAAAAUAUCAUGAAUAAGCCUGAAGUGAACCAGAAACUCACGAAACGGGCACUCAUUAAGGAAUAUACAGAAGAGAUUGAACGUUUGAAACGGGAUCUUACUUCUGCACGAGAGAAAAACGGUGUCUACAUUUCUGUGGAAAACUAUGAUGCUCUUAAUGGGAAGUUGACAGUUCAAGAGGAACAAAUUGCAGAAUAUAUUGAUAAAAUUGGUGCAAUGGAGGAAGAAUUGAAAAGAGUCACUGAGUUAUUCACAGUUCAUAAAAGUGAAAUGGAGAAGUGCAAGACAAACCUGCAGGUUAGGGAAAAAGAGCUGGAAGACACACAGAAGCACUUGGAAACAACCAAGGUUCUUCUUGAGGAAGAAGUGUAUAUAGCAUCAGCUUUGGAGAACACAGAGGAAAAACUUCAUGGCACUGCUAUUAAGCUGCUUAGUGCUGUUAAAGAAACAACCACAGAUGUUUCGGGUCUGCAUGCAAAAUUGGAUCGUAAAAAAGCAGUCGAACAGCAUAAUGAGGAAGUCCAAAAGACAUUUGCAGAACACAUGAAUGCCUUCUUCUGCGAUAUGAAGAACUCCAUCAAUGAGAAUUGUUGGAAACACCAACAAAUGCUGGACUCUUACACUUCUUCGGUUGGUGAUCUUCUGUCUGCCAAUUCUUCAGCUUUUGGAGUUACUACAUCAGCUAUAAUUUCAGCGUUCGGCUCUCUGCAGGAGAUGGUUUCCACUGAAGUUUCUCUAGCUUCUGAAAAGAUACUGAAUCAGGAGUCUCUGACAUCUCAAAAUAAAAAUGAUCUCCGGAAACUCUUAGAAGAGCACACAUCAGGAUUGGACCAAGCCUUGAGGAGUCUGUCACCUGUGUUGAAAUUUGUUCUGAAUCUGAACUCUCAAGUUCAUGAUAAUUUGCAUAAAUAUUCAUCCCUGGCUGAAAAGAUGGCAGGUUAUAGAGAGGAAAUGACUAUAUUCUUCCAAGACCAUUCUCUUGCUUUGAGUAAACUACAGGAGGACAUUUCCCAGAAGUUGGCUCAACUUCAGCAUGAUUGUGAGAGCUUACAGGAAGAGGUGGUGUUGUCUAAGGUGGCCCUUAAAAAGGCCUCUUCCCAGCUUCUUACUUCUCUGGGCCUGCUAGAGCAAGAAACCCAGCAGAAUCUAAGUGAAGUGCUGGAGAAAGGUGAAAUAGUGAAGAAGAGUAUUGGUGCUGCCCAAGAAAGCAUAACCUUGCAAACUACUGGCCUUGUCAACUCUACAACUUUGCAGCACAGCAGAUUAACGCAGCCUCUGAAUGAUUUUUCACAAGAGAUCAGGCAAUCCAACGCAGAAAAUGUUCAGAUAUUGCUGGAAUCAGCCAGCCACUGCAAGGACCUGGACAGGCUCCUGAAAGACAUGUGUCAGGAAACAAAUAAGUGGAGUGAAAUUGUGGCUACAAAGAUGGACUGCAUGGUUGAUCAACAGGCAGCCUUCCUCAGCACCAGAAAGGAACACCUACAAAGAAUCUACAAGGGUUUAGAUGAGAAUUGCAGCUCGUCAGUUGCUAAGGUCACGGACCAUAUUGCAGGACAAAAAGAUACUGAAGCAGAAGCCCUGAAGGCGCUCCUUGACAGGAUGAGGAAUGAUAAGAAUGUGCUCCUGAAGCAGAAAGAGAUACUCCUUGAAGAAACCGAGGAUGGGUCAACUCGCAUUAAUGGCUUCCUGAGGGAGGAACUUAAAGUGGAUGUCCCGACAGGAGCCACCCCAAAAAGGAGAGGAUACCAGUACCCAGUGACAGUUGUGAAAACAGAACCUCGUGAUGUCCUGCUGGAAAGAUUAAGGCAAAAGCAGACAGAAGUCGCAUCUACGCCCAAAGGUCCUGAAAAGGAUGAUUUGGAGGAGGAGGAGGAGGAUAUAAUAGAGACCAACGGGAGCCCACUAAGUGAAAAAUCCUUCUUGGAGACAAGUGUGUGUAUCAGUGGAGGAGUUCCUUUCUUCCAGCAUAAAAGGAGUAUCAAAAAGGAUAAAGAGAACAGAUCUGCAUUGAUCCUGGAAAAGACCAGGGAGGAGGAUAAAGGAGACCCAACUUUUCCAAAGUCAAGAUAUCCAUUUAGAGUACAGAACUAAUGAUGUACAGCAUUUGUCUUUGUUUCAUCAAUGUUUCACGGCUUAUUAGUUUGACCUCUGUAUGUAGUGCUAUAAUGUUGGUGUCCCAAAUUAGCUGUGAAGAGAGUUUGAAAAUACCAGUCUCUUAAUAAAUGCUUUAACUCACUAUUUUUGAAUUUUUUUAACACCUUCUUUUCUAAUAAAUACAUGAAAUGUC